UUCCUUUCAGUUGAUGGUUUUCCAUUUCUGCUCCAUACAUUUCACUGUUCUGAUACCUUAUUUUCCUUGCAUUCUUCUGCUAUUUUUUCCCAAAACAGGUGGUGAGAAUUUUCAUUAGUUUCUUUUGAAAUAUUCUUAGUAAUUAUACAUUCAAGGCUAACAAUACAUGGUUCUGUUUCUAACAGUCAUGCAGUUCAAGUAAACAGAAAUGUCCUUUCUUUUUGUGGACAUUUAAGGUCCUUGUGCAUCUGGAUGUGAAUAAUGGGUUCAUUGUUCAAUGAUCAAGACCGUUGAUCUGAUGAGAUAUGUGGAUUAGGGACACCCAACAAAGCGCUACUAAGUCUGGUGAUCCUGUCCCUUUGAUCAGAGGCCUACAAACAACCAUUCAAGAAAAUUAGACAACAACAGUACAGAAAAUAUGCCAAAGAUUGGAUUGAUAGGAUAUUCCAAUCUGGAAUGUUUUCCAGCAUCCACCACCCACAGUGAGAAUAUCAUAUCAACGGUUGUUGAUCUUGGAGACUCUGUUCCAAUGGAGAAUUCCUGCGAAAAUGGAUUCGAAGUCAUUGUAAAACAGAGCGAACCAGCUCUUGUUCCUCCUGCAGAGGAAACAGAGAAGGGUUUGUACUUCCUCUCGAACCUUGACCAGAACAUUGCGGUAAUCGUCGAAACGGUUUACUGUUUUAAGGCCGACGACAGAGGAAAUGACAGAGCAGUGGAAGUUAUCAAGGAGGCAUUGGCAAAGGUCCUGGUUUCCUACUACCCGCUGGCGGGCCGCCUCACGAUUAGCUCAGAAGGAAAGCUGAUUGUGAACUGUACUGGUGAGGGUGCAGUUUUCGUCGAGGCAGACGCCAAUUGCUCGAUGGAACUGAUUGGAGACAUAACAAAACCAGACCCCACAACGCUCAGGAAGUUUGUUUACAGCAUUCCUGGUGCAAAGAACAUACUCGAAAUACCGCCAUUGGUGGCACAGGUGACCAAAUUUAAGUGUGGAGGAUUUAUUCUUGGGCUGGCCAUGAACCACUGCAUGUUUGAUGGCCUUGGUGCAAUGGAAUUUGUGAAUUCAUGGGGCGAAGCUGCCCGAGGACUCCCUCUCUCCAUACCGCCGGCCAUUGACCGGAGCAUCCUCAAAGCGAGAACCCCACCCAAGAUCGAAUUCCCCCACCACGAGUUCGCUGAGAUUGAAGAUGUGUCCAAUGCUGCCAAACUCUACAAGGAUGAGAUGCUCUACAAGUCAUUCUGCUUCGACCCUGAGAAGCUCCAGCAGCUCAAACAGAUGGCCUUGGAAGACGGAGCCGUCGGGAAAUGCACUACCUUUGAAGUGCUCUCCGCAUUCGUGUGGAGAGCUCGGUGCAAGGCAUUGAAUCUGCAACCUGAUCAGCAGACCAAGCUCCUCUUUGCUGUCGACGGGCGGUCUAGGCUCGACCCACCUCUACCGAAAGGCUUCUUUGGGAAUGGAAUUGUGCUAACGAAUUCCCUAUGCAGCGCAGGCGAGCUUCUCAACAAGCCAUUUUCAUUUACAGUUGGGCUAGUCCAGAAGGCGGUCUCGAUGGUCACAGACAGUUACAUUAGAUCAGCUGUCGAUUACUUCGAAGCAACAAGAUACCGCCCUUCUCUUUCCUCGACUCUUCUCAUUACAACAUGGUCUAGGCUAUCUUUCCAUAUAACUGAUUUUGGGUGGGGAGAGCCUGUGCAAUCAGGACCGGUAACACUGCCUGAAAAGGAAGUGAUCUUGUUUCUGUCACACGGGAAAGAGCGGAAGAGCAUAAACGUGCUCUUGGGUCUGCCUGCGACCGCAAUGCCGGUAUUUGAAGAACUGAUGGAGAUCUGAAAAUCAAAAUAUCAUUAUGUAUUUUAAUUGGGUUAUUAGCUGUAAGUACGGCUGUGUGUAACGGCAGCCUCUUAUAUGCAGCGGAUGUAUGUAGGAUAUAUGUUCUUCUGGUAAUAAGGUUCUCAAGACCCAAAUUGAAAAUCAAGAGGCAGAGAUAUUUCUUUGCAUUGAUUUCCAGGAGAGAUUGGAGUUGGGUCUUUUACUUUUCUUCUCUUCUACAUGUAUGUGAGUUCAACAAAGGUUUGUUAAGAACCUGAGAUUUGUAUCAGUUGUGUUUUUCAGUUAGAACUGUUGUGCCUGUAAUGUUAUUCUCCCCAAAAUACGAUUACCCAGAUUGCAUUUUCA